CUGAGUCUAAUGAAAAUCUGGAUUAGGUUGAAGCUGGAGGUGUUCUUGAGCUGCUGGGAUUAGGUUGAAGCUGGAGGUGUUCUUGAGCUGCUGGGAUUAGGUUGAAGCUGGAGGUGUUCUUGAGUUGCUGGUGCCACAGCCAGAGCCCAAGGAACAGAGUUCCUCUACGGAUCAGCCGCCGCGCCGGCCUUCCCACAGUCCCCUGCUAAUGUGCCUCAAACGUGACCUGGAAGAACCACUCCCAGGCUUGUUCUGUCUCCAGCACCCAUUCAACCUCUGACCUCUCUGCAGAGCCUGUUCAGCAAAGAUGGAAGAAUGAAGCAUGAUCAUAGAUUUCACACUUUGUGGUGAGUCUGCAUUUCCUGGUGGAGCCAAGAAGAAAACCGAUUAAGUGAAAGCUGGCAGCAGUCAACAAACUCUGCUCUGUUGUAACAAAGACCAUAGGAGACCAACCAUCAACUUGGAUAGGAGAGCAAACAGGGUCAUUGUGGAGGUCAGAUAGAAGAGAUGUGUACUGUGGCCCUUCUGCACCUGCACUGUGGAUUCUAUACUUGGUCCUGAACUGAGAUUCACCCUGGCAGUGUUUACUCAAGGAGGUGGGGCAGUUCUUGUAUAAAGCAGCACUGGACUGAAACUGAAAACCACACAUCUGUCGCCUUGUCACCGGAGGCAUUACAGGAUAGAGACAUGAUGAUGCCUGCCUCUGACCCGUAUCAGAAGCUAGAGCGAAGCUGGCAAACCAAGGGGAGGACUGGAAGCCUUCAGAGCCCCCAGAAAUUUAACAAUCAGGACUUCACCCACCUGAGAGACUACUGCCUGAGCCGAGGCCUGCUGUUUGAAGAUGACACCUUCCCAGCACAUGUUAGUUCCAUUGGUCCCAAUCUGCUCUCAGAAGACAAGCUGAGCCGCCUACAGUGGAAAAGACCAACGAUGAUUGAGAGAAGUCCCCAUUUAAUCGUGGACGGUGUUAGCAGAUUUGAUAUUGUUCAAGGAGAAAUAGGUGAUUGCUGGGUUCUGGCUGCCCUGGGAUCUUUGACGUUACAGAGGCAAUUUCUGGAAAAUGUUCUACCAAAGGACCAAGGAUUCAAAGAGAAUUAUGCCGGGAUUUUUCAUUUCCGGUUCUGGCAUUUUGGAGACUGGGUGGAUGUGGUGAUAGAUGACCGGUUGCCUUUUCUCAAUGGGAGAUACCUGUCUGUUCAACCUCGCAGCGGAAAUGAAUUCUGGCCAUCCCUGCUAGAAAAAGCGUAUGCCAAGUUGCGAGGCUCCUAUCAGAAUUUGCACUGGGGUUACAUUUCCGACGCAUUAGUAGACUUGACAGGUGGAGUCCAAGUGCAGUUUCUUUUACAGAAACCUCCUUCUCAUCUGCAGGAGAUAAUAAAAGCAGCUGCCAAAUCACAAUGCCUGAUGGGAUGUACCACGCCAGGAGGGCAAUCCAUUGGUAACGUGGAAUUGAAGAACGGACUCGUGAAAGGCCAUGCCUAUACUGUCACCGGGGCUACAGAAAUACCAUACAAGAAUGGCUGGGAAGAUAUAAUCAGAGUGUGGAAUCCUUGGGGUCACGGGGAAUGGAGAGGGCCUUGGAGUGAUGGCUCUCCCCAGUGGGACCGAGUUCCAGUUGAAUAUAAGAAAGAUCUCUGUGACGAUAAGGACGAUGGAGAAUUCUGGAUGUCAUGUCAAGCUUUCGCAGAGCAAUUUUUCUUGCUGUGUAUUUGCAAUAACACCCCAUCAUUUCUGGACUUUGGAGAUGAGCGUGGUACAAGGUGGUCCCUGGCCAUGUAUGUAAACCAGUGGGCUCGAGGACUCACUGCAGGUGGAAGCAACUAUCAUAAUGCAGGUGCAUUUUCAAGGAACCCCCAGUACUUUAUCCAAGUGGAGGAGCCUGACCUGAGAAACUAUAAUGUGGUGGUGUCACUGAUGCAAAAACCGGUCAAUAAUAUGCCAGAUGCACAAAUAUUGUUCACCGGCUUUUUGAUCUUCAGGGUUGAACCCGAGUUCCAGGGCCUGAGGGACAGAUUGCCAGUUGCAUUUUUCUCUCAGUAUAAAUCCAAAGUUCUGAAGUACGGUUUCAACGUGUCAACCCGAGAUGUCACCAAUUACUUUUACUUGAGCCCCGGGACCUAUGUUGUUGUUCCAGCCACAUCAGAAGAAGGCCAAGAGGCUGAAUUCCUCCUACGAAUCUUCCUGAGGCGCCAAGACUCCAAUGAGGACCUGAAAAGCAGGCUCAGCCCAGUGAUGCCAAAGGACAUACCCAAGCAGAGUCAAGACAACUCCUCUGAAAACGUCUUCCUCAGAUAUGCUACACAGGGUUCAGCCAUCAAUGCCUCACAGCUGCAAAGGCUCCUCAAUGAAGUGUUCCUGAAAGAUUGGCUGGCCAGCCCGGGCGGAGGAUUCUGCUUCGAGUCAUGCAGAGGCAUUUUAGCUCUGAUGGAUCUCAAGUCUAAUGGAAGACUCUCCCUGCAAGAAUUUAAGCACCUCUGGAAACUCCUUGCUAAGUACAAGGACAUUUUCAGGAGGGUAGAGGGAACCGGUUCUGGAUUCCUGGACGUCUCCGAUUUGAAGAAUGCAGUACAGAGAGCAGGCCUGGCUGUCGAUGACCAGCUCCUCUAUCUGACAGCUCUGAGGUACAGCGAUUCCUCCAUGAGAAUCUGUUUCCCUGAUUUUGUGUGCUGCAUGAUCCGUCUCGAAACCAUGGCAAGUGUAUUUCGCAAUUUAUCAAAGGAUGGAAAGAUUUGCUUCACUGCAACAGAGUGGAUGACUUUUACCAUGUACUGCUAAGGCAGCGAUAUGGCUCUACAUUGCUGGUAAGGAGUCACCUCAAUCCUGUACAAACAGAGGAGAAGAGUUCCUAGCAUGCCAUGACACACCUGUGCUCUAAUGCUCUGUCAAACAACCGCAACCACCUACCCUGGGAGACAGUGUGCUGUGAUCAUAGGUAACAGAGAUGAAACAGGAGGCAGUCUGGGCUGAUGCUUAGAGAAAAGGGGACUAGGAAGCAGCAGAAGGCUCCUGAGUUCUUGUUGCCACUGAGCCACUGACUUGUUGUAUGACUUUGGGCAAAGACACUUGAUUUCCUUAUCAACCCAGCUGGAAACUUGAGCUUUAAAAAAAAAAAAAAAAAAGCAGGAAUUUUGCUGAAACACAGAAGCUGCAUCUGAUGUGAGCCUUCCUUGGGGAACAGAAUUAUAACAAAAAAAAAUCUGAUGUUUAAAAAGAAGCUGUGAUGGAAUUCCUUCUGCCUCUCUCUCUGUUAUUGACACAGUGCACUUAAAAGUGAACACAGUACAUUUUGCACAGAGGACUCAGAACUAUGACGGACAGGGUCUUAGCUUGUCCUGUUAUGUUCAGCAGAACCACACCGCUUCCCCACAAUCACAGAAGAGGGGGGUGGAUUUGCUUCAAGUUAUUACCUGUACUGUUAGUUUUGCAUGCACCAACCCUGUGUCUGCCCAUUCAAGUGAGCACUUCUGUACAAAAUCAACUCAAAUUUGUAUGUGUAGAGUGUGCAUUUGCCUGCAACUGCAUGUUCGAAAGUCUGGCCUGUCAAAGUUUCCUGGGUGAGAGCCCAGACGGAGGCACAAGCCCUUUGCUGGAGUGUGGUGUCGUGGUGCAAUGAAGCUGCCUUGUGGUGAUGUUCAUAUAGCAAGAGGAUGGUGUUUGCAUUACAGUGUUAAUACAUCACAACAUAUCCUCAUGUAAAUAGCACACCAGGAUAAUAUGAGGACCUUGCCCUGGGGGAGUAAAGUUGGUUGAAUUAUCCAUUACAAAUGAUACGCCAAUUUUACUCUUUUCUAUUCAAGAAUCAUUCAUCAACUGAUCCCAACUCCUGCAAAUAUCAUGAAUUAUAAUUUUCACCUGAUAAUUUGAUGAAUUAAAUUCAGCCUAUGGGGUGUUCAUGAAUUGUUCACUUUAGUGACUCAUUAGCUGUAGCAUGUGACUGGUCACUUAUGUCACACACAAUUGUUUCUGAUCUCCACUGCGAGUGAAACUCUAAGCCCAGAGGCUAACCAAUAAUGAACACAGGCUCACGGAUAAUGCACUACACAGUGCUGGCAUUCAUAGAACUGUGGGGAUUUGUGAACAUUUUCUCAGAUCCCUGCUUGUUGUACCAAUCCUUGUGAAUAAGGCAUAAGAUGCCACGGAACACAGCAAACU